AUGCAACCAGCAUAAGAGAAAGACAUUCUGGACUUUAUGACUCUGACCGGAUGUUAAGAUGAAUAGAAAGCUAUGUAAUAUCUUUAAAUGGGAGACAAUAAAUUAGAAAAUGCUAUUCAGCUUUAUCUUGACUUGGAAGGUUAACCAGUUUUGAGCUAACAAUCAAGUGUUUAAUCUACAAAGUCACCGUAUGUAUAAAAUCAACAAUAAUUUCUAAAUUAGAAUGAUGUUAAAGAAGUGAAUACUAUGAUUUUUAAUGAAAACAAUCCUCCACCUGAAUUAAUACGUUAGAGAUCAGCUCCAGAUUCAUCUCUGGCUGAAAAAUAUAAAAAAUAUCAAGAGGAUAAAAGAGCCAAUGAUGAUGGCAUAAUUAAGAAGACUUUUAAAUAUGGUUGGAAUGCUUUAACCUACAUAUUCAAACGAGAACCAAAUUAUGGAUUGAUAUUCCAGACAUACAUUUAAUAACAAUAGAUUUAAACAGCCAUUAAUUUUUAAAUGGGCAACUUUAAUGAUAAUCUAAAGAGAGCCCAUGAAGAGACUAAACCUUUAUUGAUAUAUUUACACAAUCAAUAAGCAUUAUUUACAUUCGAGAAAAUGAUAAACUGCAAAAAUUUUGUUACAAUUAUUCAAAGAAAUUACCACAUCGUUGGAUUCUUAGAAAGCCCUCAGGUUUAUGAAUUAUUACCAGUGAAACCUCAACCUCCUACUCUCCUAAUUUAUAGGUUAGAUUUAACUGAAUAAGCUAUCUUAAUGGACACUGUACAGCUCUCUCCUGAGACCAACUUUGAAGAAUUAGCCAUCAAAUUGAAAAUUCUAAAGGGACAAUUUAAUAAAUAAUUUAUUGUUGAAGAUCAAGUAAAGAGAGAAUUUAAUGCACCAUAAUAUGUUCCAAAUUAUUAUGGUUAACAAUAGUAAUAACAACAAUAAUAGUAAAAUUUUGAAAGGAGGUAGUAAGAAAUAUAGUAAAGAGAAAGAGAAUAAUUGAUAAGAUAGUAAUAAGAAGCCUACAGAAUUGCAGAGUAAUAGGCAGCAGAGAAAAAAAGAAAAGAAUAAGAAUUGAAAUAAUUAGAGGAGCAUCGAUUGUUGGAAUAACAAUAAUUAAGUGAAAUAAGACUGUUAUAAAAAGCUACUAUGUUGUCAAACCUACCAGAUGAACCAGAAGGUGAGGAAGGGAUUGAAAUUUUAUAUAGAUUUAUGCAUGCAACCAGAACUAGAAGAUUUAAUUUUAAUGAUAAAAUAUAGUCAAUAUUUGAAUUCGCAUUAAGUUAGGAAGAUGAUUGUUUCAAUGAUCCUAAUUCAAACAUAGACCUUAUUUAGAAUUUUCCCAGGUUAUCUUUGAAAGAUAAAAAGGAUGAUAUUAUAAGUGAUGUGUUUACAGAUGCAAACAAGGUAUAAUUAAUUGUAGAAGAAUGUGAAUGAUUAUUUAGAAUAAUUCUAUUAAUUCUACUCAAAUAUUAUUGUAUAAAA